AUGGCGACGGCGACGACAGCAAAGGCCGGUCAUGCGAUGCGCCGGCCGCGACCCAGCCUGAGCGCCCGCUUGGGCACGCGCGCCAAUACUCACACGACUGGGACAGGCAGCGAUACCCCCGUCAAGAAGAUGUCCGAACCGCACGUCAGAUCGUCAGAGCACAUCCUGCGCAAGUUCCGCGGUAGUCCUCCCUCGCUCACCAUUCAUCUGCAUGCCACCUUCUUCCGCUUCGACCAGCAAGACGGCAGCUUCCCCUACGACUCUCCCAUGAAAUUCAUCCUACAACACUUGCGCAAACAGACCAUCCCCCACGAGAUGGUUCAAGACCUGCUGGAGAACGGCGUUGCCUUCUAUGAUGGCUGUCUUAUUGUCAAUAUCGUCAAUCACAAGUCCUCUGUCGCAAAGACAGCAACUCCUGGCAACCUGUCCGUGUCGUCGGCUGACCACAACAAGGCUUCGGACCGUACAUCUCUAUCCACCAAGUCAAGAUCCGAGUCUGUCAAGCAACACGAUGGCUCCAAGGAACAAGCCCAUACCGGUCCCAGGACCUCGACCAUUGUCCUGCACCCCACAGAUCUUUCACGUCAUCACGAGUUGAUGCACCUUGCCAACCAACCAAACAAGGCUGCGCUGGCCCUCGACGAGAAGGACUACUACCAGUUCGAGGCCAGUAUGCUUGUUUCGAGCGAGCCGCCGCUGCUGUUAGAACCUGCAAAGUCGGCCGAGGAGGCCGAGAUGGCCCUGCGACUGCUUCAACAUCCCCUGCACUCAGAGCCCCCGCCCUCUCCAAGAUCACGCAAACGUACACAUGCCGAAAUGGCCCUCGACGACGCACAAGCUUUCGAAGAAGAGAGACGCAUGCUUAUUAUGGACGAGCGCACAAAGCCUUCUUUACGUGGUGUUAAUGGUACCUCGGCGUCUGAAGGUCAAACUGCCUCGGUCGCUCUUGGGUUCUCCAGAUUCAAGACGCUCGAAACUAUUAAGAAGAACCACGAGGAGAAUGAUCGUAAGAAGAAGGAAGAGGAAGCACAGAAGGCGAUCGAGAAGCGUCAACACGAUGCUGCGCUGGCCCAAAAGAGGAAGCUUAUGGAGGACAGGAACAGACAAGAGCAAGUCGCUACGCAACAGAAGCAGAAGAUGAUGAUGCAACAACAACAAUUGAUGCAGCAGCAACAGGCUCAGCAGCAGGCCCAACAACAGGCUCUCCAGCAACAACAGCAGCAGCAGCAGGCCGCUCAGCUACAACAACAACAACAGCAACAACAAUUGCAGCAGCAACAUGCGCACAACCUGGCUCAGAGCCAAACGCCCAUGGCUGCAAAUCCCCAGCAACAACAUCUCCAACAACAAGCUGCCAUGGCCGCCCAUCACUCGUCUCCCAUCGUCCACAACCCUACUCCUAUCAUGGCAUCAUCCCCUCUCAUGCCGAAUGCUGCCAACAUGAAUAUGGGAGGGUUUUCCAUGCAACCCUCUAUGUCGAACCAAGGCGCUGGAAGCCCAGCUCGUCCCCCUUCGGCUGCUAUGCAACACGCCAACAUUGCCAUGGCAAGACAGCUCAGCCAGCAGACCAGUCAGAGCCGUCAUGCUACUCCACAAAUGGCUCACGGAACUCCACAAAUGGCCUCUGCUGUACCCAUCGACACCAAUCGUCAAAUGAGUGGUACACCUAACAUGCAACAUCGCAGUCCAAUUCCUCCUCAGAUGCAAAACACUGCCAACCAAGCGGGCCUGUUGGCUGCAGCGCAAAUGAAUCAGCUCACUCCUGGGCAACAAAUGGCGCUCAUGCAACAACAGCGCGCUAGAAGCCUACAACAGACGAUGCAAGCUUCACCAAAUCAGACUUAUACGCCUGAGCAGCUUGCUAUGAUGAGAAACCAGCAAAACAUGGCAUUGCAGCAGCAGAUGAAUCCUCAAAUGUAUGCUCAGAUGCAACAACGCAUGCAGCUGCAGAGCAUGCAAGGCGGAACACCCAUGAUGCAGACGCCUUCUCAGCAGCAGCAACAGCAGCAGAUGAACCAGGCAAUGAGUCAACAAAUGGGCCAGCAGCAAAUGCCGAACGCCCAGGCUCAAAGAUUGCAGCAAGUGCGUGCUCAGUUCAUGCGCACGAAGCAACUGAUCCUACAUAUGCAAUCUCAAGGUCAACAAAUACCAGUUGAACUGCAACACAAAUAUCAGCAGCAGCAGCAAAUGGUUCACUCGGCACAGGCGCAAAUGACAGCGGCCACGGCGCGAGCGCAGCAACAGGCACUUGGCGACACAAGCAAUACGGAGCAAUACAUGCAAAACCUUCGCAAUCAGCAAGCAUUGAUUGCAAGAAUGCAGCGAAACCCUCAAAUGGCGCAGCAACAAGGCAUGAUGAACGGUGCAGGGCAGCAGCAACAGAAUAUGAACAUGUUGCAGACCCAACAAGCACAGAUGCAGCAACAAAUGCAGUUCGCUCGUCAGAACGCGAUGAACCAACAACGACCUGGGUCGGGAAUGGGUCAGUAG